ACUACAUUGCACUAACACUAAACACACAACACGUUACACUGAAGCCAUUGGUUUUGGUAAGCGUCUUAUGUGGUCCCUCAAUUAGAUAAUGGCGCGCUCACUAUCUUUUCGAAACUAACUGUAAAUUGCAUGAAAUGACGCCACCUGCACUGCUCAUGCAGAUGCAUGCCGAUAUUUUGUUAAUAUCUUUUUUUUAAUCAGAUCUGGUUAUGAGGUUCAUUUAUAAUUGGCCAGGUUGAUUUAAAUAUCCAAACUUGUGUGAUUUUAGGUAUGUUAUGUAUGUUAGAUUUAAUUUACAAUUUACUUGUGACUGCUUUCUGUCACUGACUGGUUUGCAAGAAUAUUCACUUGCUAGUCCUCCGAAUUGUCUGUGUCAAACAUAGUGGACUGUAUUCCUUAUUAGAUCCAUUGAAAAGAUAAAAGUCACCAGAUAUUUCGUUGUAUGAACAUAUGCUUGACCUGCAAUGGACGGCGGCUGGAUAUGAGAUAAACUAGAUUAACUUCUAACAAAUAUUUAACAUUUUUUCUGGUCAAGAACGCAAUGUGCGGUUUCUUUUAACUUGUUUGUUUCCACAGGCCUCAACAAUGUCACACUCAAGCUGGGAAAAAGCAUUUUAUGGAAAUAUCUGCUUGUCAGUAACCAGCGCAUCCCUCAUUAUCGCUGUCAAGUGUUUACAGUGUCUUCAUUAGCAGCCAGCCCUCUUGUGAUAACAACUCUCAAAAGAAGGCAUCAAUGGCAGUGAUAAGCUUGGCCAAGCUACUAUUUUGGUCGUCACAAGUCCCCCUGUUUACUCUGGGAGCAUGGGAGCGGACAUCAGGACUGUGGUCCUUGCAUUGGAGAUCUCCAUUUUCCAACCUUGUCGUCGCAAAGUCUGUUUUCAGGCCGGGCAGAAGGUAAAGUUUGUGCCAGCUCAGUGGAUUAGAAAGGACCUAAUUUCAAAAUGUGGAACUCCAGAUCCUCCCUGUUCCAGUUCUGUUUGUGUCUGGUGGUUUGUACGGGCUUCUGCACCUGUAAACCUCUCAAUAAUGACAUCCGGAGUGAGGACCCUGAGGGACUCUACUCCCAGCUGUCAGAGGAGGAUCUUCUAGUGGAGGAAGAAGACGACUUCAGGAUGGAGGAUCUCCUGGGAACAAUGAAGGAGGACUUUCUGAGGAAACUCAACCUGUCGGAUGUUCCUCAGGAAAACAGCAAGAUCUGCCCUCCUCAAUUCAUGAUGGAGCUCUACAACAAGUACGCCUCGAACAGCUCGGCAAACCCUCAGUCUGAUGUCAUUCGAAGCUUCACCGUCCAAGAUAUCCCUCUCUCUGUGACAAACGGAACAAAGUCGAGGCACAGGCUCCACUUCAACGUCAGUAUCCCCAACCAUGAGAAGAUCACCACUGGUGAACUGCAGCUCUUCUUCUUCCCAGAAGCCGGAUCAAGGGUCCCCUCCCACAAUGUCAUGGCCACCAUCAAAGUCUAUGAAGUAGAUUACAACACUUUUCCAGCCACCACCCAAGUGGUGGUUGGUAAAGAGGUGACGGGCUUUGAGAGCACGUGGGAGACUUUUGAUGUGACCACAGCUAUUCAGAGCUGGAUCAAGUCGGGCCAUGGAGCAUUGGCGUUUGACGUUGUGGUGGAUGGGAAGGAUUGUGGGGCCUCUGAAGACGAAGAAGAAAGCGCAGGCUGUUUGAAUUUGAGCGUGUCGGUUGGAGAUAAUACUUCAGCGGCUUUGAUAGUCUUCUCAGAUGACCUGGGUAGCAAGAGGAUGGAAACAAAGAAGGAAUUAAGGGAAAUGAUCCUGCACGAGGAAGAAACCAUCCUACACUCCGGCGCCGGAAACGAGAUCCCGGAGGUUCAACAACCACGGAGACAGAAACGAAAGGCAGAGAGGGAAUACUGCCGGCGGUCCUCUCUCAAGGUCAACUUUAAGGACAUCGGCUGGGACAGCUGGAUCGUGGCGCCUCCAGAAUAUGACGCCUUUGAAUGUCGAGGUCUGUGUUACCACCCGUUGACGGACGAAUCAACCCCUUCAAAACACGCCCUCAUCCAGACGCUGAUGAACAUCAAGAACCCCAAGAAGGCUAACAUGGCCUGCUGCGUCCCCAUCAAACUGGACCCCAUCACAGUCAUGUAUCAGGAGAACGGACGCCUCACUAUAAGAUACCUUUAUGAGGAGAUGAAGGUGGCAGAGUGUGGCUGCAGGUAGUCAGAGAGAAUUGGUCUGCUGGUAGCCCAGGCGAUCAUAAUGGUUCAAAUGUUGCAUUUGAUUCAAGUCAGUCUGAUAUAUUUGUUUGGCCAGUAGAAGUAAGCUACCCCAGCUGGAAGAGGAAUGUAAAAUAUAACUUUAUACAUCCCAAUUUUGCAGCAGCUGCAGUUUAAAAAGUGCGUAGAACAUAGAUGGGUUGAAUUUUAAAACGUAACAGCAUUAGUGAAAGUGAUUAUGUUUACCAGGUUGACAUGAUGUUAGCAUGGUUACAUCUACAGCACUCAAGACAAGUAUAGCUGAGGUUUGUCGGCUUCAUUGGCUUC